AUGUCGGACUGGGACGCGAGCAGCGACGAGGAGCUGGGCGCGCCGGACUGGCCGCGGGCCGCGGCUGCCGGGCCGCUCUGCUGGUCGCCCAGCACCCCUCCGUGGGGCCGCGCCUCCGGGGAGAGCGGCGGGCGCCGGGGGAAGGGCACGGGGAAUCCCGGAGGGGAGGGGUGGGAGCCGCGAGGCGCUGAAGGCUCCGGCGGCCCGAGGCGGGCGGCGCGGCAGCGGCCGCCCCGAGCUGCGGCCGGCCAGGCUCGGGACUCUGCGGCGCCGCUCUGCUUCCACCUGGAUAGCGCCCUGGUCGGGGCUCUCAUAGGUAGGGGUGGAGCUAAAAUUAAAGAACUUGAGGAUUCUUCGGGUUCCAGGAUAAAGGUUACAAGAGGAACCUAUGAAUCUGAAGUAAAGAUUUUUGGCAGCAUUGAUGUGCAAAACAAAGCCAAGAUGUUGAUUGACAAUAUUAUUACAAGUUCUGGACAAAACUCUGUUAGAGGUGGGACAGAGAAAGGAAAAACCUUGGACACCAUCAAGCCUGAAAAUAACCCAAAGAAACCAGUGAUUAACUGGGCUUCUCUUCGAGAAAACAGGGCCAAAUACGAAUCUAUGAAGUGGGCAGGCUUGCCUCCAAUUGAGAAAAACUUCUACAAAGAAUCACCCAGGACUGCAUCUAUGUCACAAGAAGAAGUGGAACUGUGGCGGAAGGAAAAUAAUGAUAUAACUUGUGAUGACUUGAAAGAAGGUGAAAAGCGCUGCAUUCCCAAUCCUGUUUGUAAAUUUGAAGAUGUAUUUGAGCAUUAUCCUGAUAUUAUGGCCAAUAUAAGAAAAGUUGGUUUUCAAAAGCCUACACCAAUUCAGUCCCAGGCAUGGCCAAUUAUACUCCAAGGAAUUGAUCUUAUUGGUAUAGCGCAGACUGGUACUGGGAAGACAUUAGCAUACUUAAUGCCUGGAUUCAUUCACUUGACUUCACAACCAAUAUCCAAAGAUCAGCGUGGGGGACCUGGAAUGUUAGUUCUUGCUCCCACUAGAGAACUGGCACUUCAAGUAGAGGCAGAGUGUUCAAAGUAUGCAUACAAAGGAAUUAAAAGUAUUUGCGUCUAUGGUGGUGGGGACCGGAAAGGACAGAUAGACACGGUUACCAAAGGUGUGGAUAUUGUUAUUGCUACUCCUGGCAGACUGAAUGAUCUUCAAAUGAACAACUUCAUAAAUUUGAAGAGCAUAACGUAUUUGGUUUUAGACGAGGCUGACAGAAUGCUAGAUAUGGGAUUUGAACCACAGAUUAUGAAGAUCCUAAUUGAUGUGCGUCCUGACAGACAAACUGUUAUGACAAGUGCUACUUGGCCUGAUGGUGUCCGUCGCCUGGCAAAAUCCUACUUGAAAAAUCCCAUGAUUGUGUAUGUCGGCACUCUUGACUUAGCAGCAGUAAGCACAGUACAACAAAAAGUUAUUGUUAUCCCCGAGGAGGAAAAGAGAGCUUUCAUGCAUAGCUUCAUUAAGUCUAUGAAGCCAAAAGAUAAGGUCAUCAUUUUUGUGGGCAAAAAGCUUACAGCUGAUGACUUGGCAAGUGACUUUGGUAUCCAAGGAAUUCCAGUACAGUCACUUCAUAGCAACAGGGAACAGUGUGAUCGAGAACAGGCUUUGGAUGACUUCAAGAAAGGCAAAGUUCGAAUAUUGGUGGCUACUGACUUGGCAUCCCGUGGCCUCGAUGUGCAUGAUAUUACUCAUGUUUUCAACUUCGAUUUCCCUCGCAACAUUGAGGAAUAUGUUCACAGAGUAGGUCGUACUGGAAGAGCAGGGCGCUCUGGGGAGGCAGUAACACUUGUCACGAGCAAUGAUUGGAAGUUUGCAUCCGAGCUGAUUGACAUUCUGGAAAGAGCAAACCAAGUAAGAAUACAUUACUGGGUAGUUCCUGACAAGCUUAUUGCAAUGGCAGAAAGAUACAAACAAUCACAAAUGAGAAAAGAAAUUGAAAAGGAUAUACAAAGACCUUGGAGAAAGCCCUCAAAAUAAGUGUAGUCCUUUGAAGCUACUGAAACAGAGAAAGUGAUUUUAAUUAGUGUUAGCUUCCUUGGGCUUGAAUUUAUCAGUUUCAUUUAGUGUUUGUUUUCUGUACCUGUCCUAUUUAAACAAACUUCUCAAAAGCAUCUUAGAAAACUGGAUUAACUUUAUAUAGGAAUAAAUCUGGUUUUGCACUUGGAUACUAUUUUCACAUAAUUUUUCUUUCUUGUGUGAUGUAUGAAAUUUCUAAAGCCAUUGUCUACUGGUGAAAAACUAAUAUUGUGGCUUUGUUGGUAGGUUUGGGGUUUUUUUAGUUAAAUGCAAUAUUACUAUAUAAGAAUGUAAAAGAUAAUUUUUCCUUUUAUAUUCAGAGAACCAGAUUAUUCAUUGUAAGCAGUGUUUGUCAAUGUAGUUUCAAAAUACUUUUUUUCAUACCUUUUCAAUACUUUUUCAAAUACCUUUUUGCCUUGAUAUGCUGUUGGCAUGCAGGAUUUCUCAGGAUAAUGAAAACUGCUCUGUUUGCCAUUACUUAUGUUUGCUGAAGCAAGUUAUGUUUAUUCUUAUUUUAAGACUUAACAUUGGUAGUCAUUUUUAUUAAGACUUGUGUCUCAAGAUUUUUUGAGAGAGGUCUGCAUUUUCUUGUAAUGGAGGGGAGCAUGACAGGAAGUACUUGUUUGUGACUAACUUGGGGAAGAAAACCUGCUUUUGGUUUUUGUGGAUGUAAUAUUCUAGCUUAAGGAGUAAAACCAGAAUUUACUAGAGCAAUGUUAACAAAGUCAUGGAGAAAAUAAUACAUUUGAAGGUCAGCUUUUAUUUCUUCCAGAUAAAGUCAAUUCACACUUUACAUUUGGAUGUCAGGUUCUGUCACAGACUCCCAGUAAUAAUGGGGCAUGUUUUCUACUCUUUGAAAUUUAUGUGGGAAGGAGUCAUUCCUUCACUUGAUGCUUGGCCUGAACUUGUGUUUAUUUGUGUGUCAUAUGAUUAAAUAAAAAUGAAUUAACAAAAUUCAGUAAAAUGACAAUAUUUUAGUAAAAUGUCUCUCUAAAUAUUCUUUCCUCUUAAUUUGCUCAUCAUUGAGGUAAAUCUGGCCAUUAUUCAAGCCAGUAGGUUAUUUUGCCUUCAAAAAGUAGGCUAAAAAUAUGGACUUCCCAUAGCUUCUAUAAGUAGAAGCAAAAGACUUAUUUGCAGCACAGCAGUUCUCAAAUGCUGUGUACUUCUCACCUGCGCAAUUUUAGUAAAAGGAAAUAUAAUUUUUUUUCCUAACACACAUUUCUUCAAUAUGAGAAAAAUGGAUAUGAAUUUCAAUUUCAGGAGUGUCCAGUUCAUGCUGCAUAUUGGUUUUGAAAACCUUUUAUAUCAAGAGUCUUCCUCUUUGUUAUAGGUUGAAAGAUGCAUUUCUUUCUCCAUAUUCUCCAU